GGUCGGCCUCCCACCACCGCCCUCACCUGCUGCGUCCUCAGUCCGCGUCCAGCGCCCGCCCGGGGUCCACGCCGCGUCCGCUCAGCAUGUGCCCGCCGCGCGGCCUCUUUCUUGUGACCAUCUUGGUCCUCCUAAACCACGUGGACGACCUCAGUUUGGCCAGGAACCUCCCCACAGCCUCCCCAAGCCCAGGAAUGUUCCAGUGCCUCAACCACUCCCAAAACCUGCUGAGAGCUGUCAGCAACACACUUCGGAAGGCCCAACAAACCCUAGAACUUUACUCCUGCACUUCCGAAGAGAUUGAUCAUGAAGAUAUCACAAAGGAUAAAACCAGCACCGUGGAGGCCUGCUUACCGUUGGAAUUAACCAUGAAUGAGAGUUGCCUGGCUUCCAGAGAGAUCUCUUUGAUAACUAAUGGGAGUUGCCUGGCCUCCAGAAAGGCCUCCUUUAUGACGACCCUGUGCCUUAGCAGUAUCUAUGAGGACUUGAAGAUGUACCAGGUGGAGUUCAAGGCCAUGAACACAAAGCUUUUAAUGGAUCCUAAGAGGCAGAUCUUUCUGGAUCAAAGCAUGCUGACGGCUAUUGAUGACCUGUUGCAGGCCCUGAAUUUCAACAGUGCGACUGUGCCACAGACAUCUUCCCUUGAAGAACCAGAUUUUUAUAAAACUAAAAUCAAGCUCUGCAUACUUCUUCAUGCUUUCAGAAUUCGUGCCGUGACCAUCGAUAGAAUGAUGAGCUAUCUGAACUCUUCCUAAAAAGCUGAGGUCCCUCCAGACCUUAAAGCCAUUCUUAAAAUAAUGUGAAUCAAAAAUAUUUUUCACAGGAUGUGGGUUAAGAACCAGAAGGGGGUGCCUUGACCUGGUCCUGCUUAAGCUAGUAUGAUAAUUCUCAUGCUUGUUUACAUUAGUUGCCCCCCAAAAUCUGAACAAUGUGACUGUUCCAUCCACAGGUUGCCCUUUAUCAAGUAGACUUCACAUUUUCUACGGAGCAGUUGUUUUUAGGUUUUCAUGAGCAAAUUGCUAAAGAGGGAAAUGUCCUCACUCAACAUGUUC